GUACACUAGCGCUACACAACAGCGCUGUCAACUGAAACAAAAUCGUGUCGCUCGUCGGAUCUAACAAAGGAAAAUAAAUACAUAAUUUAAAAAACCAAAGAAGAAGACCACAAACCACUGUAAUAUUAGGACAGAACUUGCUAUUGACUUGACACGGAUACCUGACGUGUCGUUGUAAUGUUGGUUGGUUAGCUAGUUAGUGUUAACUGGUCGCGGUGUGAAUUGUUUGUUUUAAAUUGACUUAUUACAAUCUGGUAUUUACUAAACUGGAUUGACUUCUGCCUGUAACUGCCCGCUACACAACACUGUUCUGGUGUUUACCUGUUCAUCGCGGUUGAGUUUAACCUCUUUUUACAUCUUGGCGAGAUCUAAUCUGCCAAACCAGUACCAAAAUGUCAAAAUACACCACUUUUGCUGAUGCAGCUGAUGACCAUAAUCCAUUUCAGGAUCCAUCAGUGACUCAGCACAGCAGCAACACUGGCUAUGCCACGCUGGACCUCUACAACCCAUUUGACAACAACACAACAGCGCCUCCACCACCCUAUGAAGCCACAUCUCCUGCUGCACCUCCUGCCCAGACGCCUCCCAGCAGGACCACACCAACCGAGCCCAGGAAUUAUGGAUCCUAUGGAACACAGUCUGCAGUGAAUGCCACCACAGCAGAUCUUUUGAGGAAGCAGGAGGAACUAGAAAGAAAAGCAAAAGAGCUGGAGAGAAGAGAGAGAGAGCUGAAUGCACAUGCGCUUGGGUCUGGAGCCACUCGUCAGAAUAAUUGGCCCCCAUUGCCCUCCUUCUGCCCGGUGGGACCGUGCUUCUAUCAGGACAUUAAUGUGGAGAUUGGCCAAAGCUUCCAGCGCACUGUCACUACCAUGUACUACUACUGGAUGUUUACAGCAUGCACUUUGCUCUUUAAUCUCAUCUCCUGUUUGGCUAUGUUCUGUGCGGAUCCCAUUAAUGGAGUUGGUUUCGGCCUUGCCAUACUCUGGUUUCUCCUCUUCACCCCCUGCUCCUUUGUUUGUUGGUACAGGCCUGUGUACAAAGCCUUCAGGAGUGACAGUUCCUUCAACUUCUUUGCAUUUUUCUUUGUCUUCUUCGCCCAACUGGUGCUUUAUGUUAUCAUGACUGUCGGUAUCCCUGGCUGGGGCUUCAGUGGGUGGAUCGUGAGUUUAGCCGCUCUUAGCAAGAACAAGGCAGUGGGUGCGAUCAUGAUGAUAAAUGCUGUGCUCUUCACCGCUCAGGCGGCCAUGGGAGUGGUGUUGCUCAAGAGGGUUCAUUCUAUGUACAGGCAGACCGAAGCGAGCUUUAAGAAGGCCCAGGCUGAGUUUGCUACAGGUGUGCUUUCCAAUCAGGCAGUGCGCCAGGCAGCCACCAAUGCCACUGUUUCUGCCGCACAAGGCGCCUUCACCGCACCCCGGUAGAGAGACCUGAAUGAAA